AAAACUCUAAAUUCUAACACUCAAUUUCUUUCUCACUCUUCCCAUUCCUCAAUUCUUACUAGUGGACCUUCACCAGUUUCUUUCUCCCAAAUCUAAAUCCUAAAACCCUAUCCCCAAACCAACUAUUGCAAGCUCCAAUCCAUCUACCAGCGACGAGGAAGACGAUUGUUGUUGUCGGCACACGGGACACGGCCAAAAGCAAGAGCUCGAACAGGAACAGUUGAUGGUUAUUAUGGUUAUGUGUGACUGAGUGGAAUUCAUGGACUCUUCGAAUUCGUGCAUUGAUUUAUUGUCUGUAAUGAAGCGUUUGUGGAAAUGGGUUGAUUUUGAGUUCAAUUUGUUGGGGUUUCACUUCAAGAAUUUGUUAAUCAUUGAAAAAUUUAUGCUCGAGGUUUUUGGAGUUUCUUCAUUUACUCCUCCGUUCGAGCUUCGAAUCGCCACUACCAACGCGCCUCCAUCAUUUUGCGCUUUGCCCCGCUGCGAUCUUGGUUACUUCUACAGGAAAGGUAUUCAAAAUGUUACAAAGUAUUCCCCACCAAAUUGUGCAAUCUCCAGCCAGGCUAGGCCUGCCAAAUCCCAACUCACCAUCUCUUCAAAGCCCCAACCCACCUAAAUUCUCCUCUCAAAACCAACAAACUAACCACUCUCAUCAAUCGUUGAAUCAGUUGUCAACUCCAGCUGUUUCUUCAACGCUCCUCCCCCUCCUACCACCUCUUACUAGAGCUCAAUCUCUUCUCCUCCAAAUGGCGUCUUUGGCCUCGAAACUCUUUGAGGUCUCACCCAAUCGUGCACAUUGGAUCAGUGCAUUCCGGGGAUCCCUUCCGUCCUUUUUGUCUUCCCAAACCCAGUCGUUACCACCUGCUUCGCCAGACUCAUCUCCUUCUUCAGCCAAAGAAAUCCUUGCCCAGUUCAAUACUCUUCAGACUCAACUCUUUGAAGCUGUUGCAGAACUCCAGGAGAUACUCGAUCUUCAAGAUGCUAAACAGAAGCUCACUCGUGAAAUCCGCUCCAAAGAUUCUGCUCUUCUUGCCUUUGCCAACAAGCUUAAAGAGGCUGAGAAUAUUCUUGACAUUCUGGUUGAUGAUUAUUCUGAUUACCGCCGCCCUAAAAGAACCAAGUCAGUAAAUGAUGCAGAGGAUGCUCCAACAACUACUGUUGCCACUCAGCUAAAAUUAUCAGAUAUUUUGUCUUAUGCACAUAAAAUAAGCUAUACAACUUUUGCACCUCCAGAAUUCGGUGCUGGGCAGGCUCCUCUCCGUGGAGCACUUCCUCCCGCUCCACAAGAGGAGCAGAUGCGUGCAUCGCAGUUAUAUAAUUUUGCUGAUCUUGAUGUUGGUUUACCUAAGCCUGCCCUGCCAGCAGAAAGCAAUCCACUCGCCAAUAUUUCCGCAAUCCAAGGCUUGCUUCCUCCAAAUAUUGUUGUACCAUCAGGAUGGAAACCUGGAAUGCCUGUGGAAUUGCCAAGUGAUCUACCAAUUCUUCCUCCACCUGGAUGGAAGCCUGGUGACCCGAUCACAUUACCCCCAUUGGAUUCUCUUCCUGCUCCAGCAAGGGCCGACGAACAGCAGUUGAGGCCCGUCCCUCCUCCUGGUUUGGCAAAGGCACCGGAGCCCAUACAGGUCCGGCAUGUGCAGCUUGAUAUUGAGGACGAUAGUAGUGAUUACAGUAGCGAUGUAGGAAGCUCUGAUAGUGAAGAUUGAUACUCAAUUUGAGCUAUGUUAUUGGUAACUAUGUUGUGGAUCAAUUUGCAACAUUUUAUAUACAAUCUAUUCGAAUGUGAUUCCCAUA